UAAAAGGUCAUUCGUCUCUUUCCCUCUGGCCUGGUUAGGGGCUACUGGCUCUCGUUGCUUCGCGAGUUCGAGCGAAGCUCAAGUUUCUUUGUGUCCACCCUUCCAGCUUGCACUCGCCAUUGCCCGCUCACCUCGCCGCUUGCAGCCAUGGCCACGCUCGCGCUGCCCUCCCUUAAGUGCCCUUCAUCUUCGCGUCUCUUUACCGCUGGAGCAGCUACUUUGCCCAAGGCUUCGUUGCCGUGUGCAGAUUUUCUACUUUUCAGGCCUCUACCCUGGAAGCUCACGAAUGCAACAAGACUAGGAUUGAAGAACACCCUAGGGAAGAUACAGAGAAGAAAGUGGAGUUGUCAGGCUGGAUCCGCAGACCAGAAUGAGACUGUGGCUAUAGGAGAAACACCGAAGCAAGCUUAUAUUCCGGAUGCAGAGACAUCGAAGGAAGUGAAGUCUCCGGAUGCAGAGACACAGAAGCAAGGGCCACCGGUUCUAACGAUCAUAGCAGGCAUUGUUGUAGCUGCUCUUGUGUUUUGGGGCUUGUGGUCCGCUGUGUCUGCCAUAGCUAGACUCUUCAUUCGUUGAGCACACAUACUGGUCAGCAAUGUCUUGGCAAUUCUAGUGAUUAUUUUCAUGAUGAAGCCCUUGCUUAAUGACUCUACAUGCUAUCGAGAUUCCUGUGUACAAAUAUGUUUAUACUUAGCUGUCACUAUAUAGAGGACUUGUAUCUGCUCAAAACUGGUUGGUUAGUCACGCUGUUUCUAUCGUCUCAGAGUUGUCUGGCUAGGAGGCGAUUCGUCUUAACAGCUUGUGCUGCUUGUCAUUCCGAAGUACCUCUUAGCAUUCGUAUGAGAUACACUUUCAAGUUGUCAUGA